AUGUUGAUUCUACACUUUGCUUGCUUUGCCGUAUGGUUUAUAGCGAGUACGGUGCUCGCACAAGAAAACGCAGGCCCAGCACAGCCAGCAUUGAUGGAUUCUAGCAACUACAUUGUGGUGUUUAAACCCAACGUCAAUUCUCUAAAGAUCAGCAAUCAAAUACAGCGCAUGCAAUUACACCAAGUUGCCUCCAAUAAAACCAUCGCAUCAUCAUCAGCAUCAGCACCAUCAUCAGUAAAUACAACAUCACACUCAACCAACAACAGCAGUAACAGCUACAGUAGCAUUGGAAAAUUUAGAUGGUACUCGGCGCGAUUUCAUACAGAAGCCAUAGAGCACAUGUUGACGACAAAUACAUCCACUACGACAACAGCGAAUAACAUCACAUUCAACACAGACGAAAAUGAUGCCGUCCAUUAUUACGUCAAAGAUGCCACAUUUUCAUUGCAAGAAUUCAUACAGACAAAUCCUCCAAGCUGGGGCAUCGACCGAAUAGAUCAACGUCAGGGCACAGAUGGGCGAUAUUCAUUUGCCACCAGUCAAGGUGAAGGUGUCACCAUCUAUUUGAUGGAUUCUGGUAUCCGCCAAGAUCAUACCGACAUAGCAGGCAGAGUCAAAAUUGGCAAAACUAUUGUUGGCGAUGUGAACGAUCCCUCAGAUGCCAAUGGUCAUGGUACCUUUGUUGCAGGUGUUUGUUGUGGAACGAAAUAUGGUGUUGCAAAGAAGGCGGAGAUCGUCUCUGUGAAAACACUAGACAGCCAAGGCAACGGACAUCUCUCUGACGUUCUUGCUGGUCUAGAAUGGAUUGUUCAGCAGCACAAGGCGACUCCCAACCCAAAGAGUAUCGUCAAUUUAUCAUUAGGUGCACUAUACAGUCAAGCUACCAAUGAUGCUAUUCAAGAGGCUAUUUCCCUGGGUAUUCAUUUUGUCAUUGCGGCUGGCAAUUAUGGUGAAGACGCUUGUAAAUACAGCCCUGGAUCAACACCUGGUGCCAUCACUGUAGGUGCGAUUGAUGAAGAUGACUCUGUUUCGUACUAUUCGAACUUUGGGAAAUGUGUUGACAUUUUUGCUCCGGGAACAAACAUAAAGUCCAUCUGGCCAACAUCAUCCAGCGCCACGCACACCCUUACAGGCACAUCUAUGGCAGCACCCCAUGUUGCUGGCACUAUGGCCAUCUUUCUCUCUCAAGCCAAUUAUACCCCUCCUCAAUUACAGAGCUACGUCAAGAGAGUAUCUUCACUCAUAUCGCAAGACUUUACCAUUAACAAUACUGGAUCAUUUUACAACGAAAACAAGACAGUGCUGGAUAAUUCUAUCAACACUGGCUACAAGAUCAAAGAUAAACUUGACCAAAAGACGUUGGUCAACAUCCUCUUUAGUCAUCCAAACGACAGCACGCCAUUUUGGAUUUAUGGACAAUCACUGAAUCAAGCAUCGACCACACACAGCUUAUACAUUCAUCCUGUGUUCAUGGCGCUACUGUUUUUUGUUACCUUUUUCGCUUUAUAG